GACCACGAUGGGUCCCACAUCAAGGGGCUUUUGAUCAACCUGCUGCACUCCUGCUGGCCCUCCCUGCUCAAGCACCCCUCCUUCCUCCGCGAAUUCAUCACCCCAAUCGUCAAAGCCACCGGGCCCAGAGGCCGCACACUCGCCUUCUAUACCAUACCUGAGUACGAGGCUUGGAAACGGACCUUAGGCUCGGACGCGAGGCAGUGGAAGGUGAAGUACUACAAGGGUCUGGGCACGAGCACGCCUAAAGAAGCGAAGGAGUAUUUCGCACAGCUGGACCGGCACAGGAAGGACUUUGAGUGGGGGGGGGAGGGCGACGGGGAGCGGAUCGAGAUGGCGUUUAGUAAGAAGGCGGUGGAUGCCCGGAAGCAGUGGCUGCGGUCCUAUGAGCCCGGCACGUACCUGGACCAGACGGCGCAGCGCAUCAGCUACAGUGACUUUGUGGACAAGGAGCUCAUCCUCUACUCGCUCGCUGAUAACAUGCGCUCCAUCCCCUCCGUGGUGGACGGGUUGAAGCCGGGGCAGCGCAAGAUUCUGUUCUCCUGCUUCAAGCGCAAACUGCACUCGGAUAUCAAGGUGGCGCAACUGGCAGGGUACGUGUCAGAGCACGCGGCGUACCACCACGGGGAGCAGAGUCUGAUGAGCACCAUUGUGAACCUCGCCCAGGACUUUGUGGGCAGCAACAACGUCCACCUGCUCGUGCCCUCGGGCCAGUUCGGUACUCGGUUGCAGGGCGGCAAGGACGCGGCAAGCCCCAGGUACAUCUACACACGCCUGCACAGGCUGACACGUGUCAUCUUCCCCGUGGCUGACGACGCACUGCUGGAUUACCUGGAUGACGACGGGCAGAGGAUCGAACCCAAAUGGUACGUGCCCAUCCUGCCCCUGGUGCUGAUAAAUGGCAGUGAGGGCAUCGGCACGGGGUGGAGUUCGUACGUGCCGACGUUCAACCCGCGGGACGUGGUGGCGAACCUCAAGAGGCGCAUGAGGGGCGAACCCAUGCUGCCCAUGCACCCCUGGUUCCGCGGCUUCAAGGGUUCCAUCCAGCUGACGUCAGCACGGCAGGGAGGAGGCAACUCCUACACCGUGACAGGUGUCGCGACACGAUUGACCGGCGGCGGCGGCGGCGGGCGCAAGGGCGAGAAGCAGCCCCAGCAGGGUGUGACAGGUGUCACGAUCACAGAGCUCCCCAUCCGAACCUGGACCCAGACCUAUAAGGAGUUUCUAGAAGGGAUGAUGGGAGGAGCGGGUGGUCAUGGUGGUGGGGAGGGAGGGGGAAAGGUGGCGCUGGUUAAGGAUAUGAGGGAGUAUCAUACUGAUACGUCGAGAGCAGAGGGGCAAGAGGAGGAGGAGGGGGAGGAGGCGAGGAGGGAGAGGGAGGAGAGGAGGGCGAGGGCGCAGUGGGCUGUGAUGGAGAAGAGGUUGAAGCUGACGACGACGAUGAACACGGGCAACAUGCAUUUGUUUGAUGCAGCGGGGCGCAUGAAGAAAUAUGAUAGCCCGGAAGAGAUCAUUGAAGACUUUUACGGCAUCCGCCUGGGGUACUACGAGCAGAGGAAGGAGCACCAAGUGGCGCAGCUGCGGCACGAGCUGCUGCGGCUGGACAACCGAGCUCGCUUCGUGCGGGCGGUGAUUCAAGGGGAUGUGGUGAUCACUAACAGGAAGCAGGCUGACAUCGUGGCACAGCUCAAGGCUACUCCUCUAUCUCAUCCUCCUUUCCAUCACCAUCUCCCCCCAUUCGCUCCCCUCGUUUCUCCCCCCCUUCCUCUUGACCUUCCUCAGGCGCGUGGUUUCACCCCUCUCCCCAAGGGCCACGCUGCCGCCCCUGUGGUGGUUGCUGACGUGGACCCGGGCAGCACUGACGUCAGCGCGGAUGGGGAGGACGUGCAUGCUGACGUGGAGAUGGAUGACGUGGAGGCACCAGCAGGACAAAAGACAGGGAAGGGAAAAAACACAGCAAGAGCAGCGGGAAAAGCAGCAGCAGCGGGAACAGCACCGGCAGCAGCAGCACCACCAGCGGCAGCAGCGUAUGAGUAUCUUCUGGGGAUGGCUCUUUGGAGCCUGACGUGGGAGCGCGUGGAGCAGUUGGAGAGGGAGAGGCGGGGCAAGGAGGAGGAGGUGGUGGUGCUUCAGGCGACCUCGCCCCUGCAGCUGUGGGAGAGGGACCUGGACCUGUUUCUGGAGACUCUCGAGGAGGAGGUGGUGGUGCUGCAGGCGAACUCGCCCCUGCAGCUGUGGGAGAGAGACCUGGACCAGUUUCUGGAGACCCUCGAGGAGGAGGUGGUGCUGCUGCAGGCCACGUCGCCCCUGCAGCUGUGGGAGAGAGACCUGGACCAGUUUCUGGAGACCCUCAAGGCUACCUCGCCCCUGCAGCUGUGGGAGAGAGACCUGGACCUGUUUCUGGAGACUCUCGAGGCUACCUCGCCCCUGCAGCUGUGGGAGAGAGACCUUGACCUGUUUCUGGAGACCCUCGAGGAAGUGGAGGCAGAGGCGGCUGAGGAUGAAAGGGAGAGGGAGCGAGCGGCCAAUCAGCACAAGGCACGUGGUAGGAAUGCAGCAGGGAGGAAGGGCGGCAAGCAGCAGGCAGGGGGGCCAAGCAGGGGGAAGAAGGCGGGGGUAACCGGCGGAGGGGGGACCGGGGGAGGGGGAGGAGGAGGGGGCAGGGGGAAGGCAAAGGGAGCAGUUGGAGAAACAGGGAUUGGAGAUGGGGGAAGGCGGGGAGGGGACAGGGCGCAGGGUGGUAUAGGGGCUGCAGUGCCAGUGGACACGCCAACACCAAGACAGUCCACUCCCCGCCACUCCUCCCGCCUCACCCGCACCCAAGCAGCAUCAGCAGCAGCAGUACCACCAACAGCUGCUGCUGCUGCUCCUCCUGAUGCUGCCUCUCCCCAACAGUCGAAUGAACAGGCAGGCACACAGGCACAGGGAAAUACAUACGCACAAGGAGAAAACGAUGCAGAGGGGUCAGGAGGCCAGGGAGGAGAGCAAGAGCAAGAGGAUGUGGAUCCGUCACCGCCCUUCCCACCGCCGUCGCCAGCAGCAGCAGGAGGCAUGAGGGAAUCGCCUCCUGUGAUUGAAAUGACAUCAUCGGAGGAAGGAGGGGCGUUUGGUUUGCAGGUCGGCGGGUUGCGACUGGGUGACUCGGUGUCAGAUGCAGGCGAUACAAGCAACACGAGCAGUGGCAAUGCACAUAACGGCGACACCAGCAAUGGGUUCAACAGUCCAAGUGCUGCCUCUGACCCAUACUCUCUCCAUGCAUCUCCUUCCGCAUCCCCACCGCUCUCCACUCCUCUCCACACCUCUUCCACCCCCAACCCCCCCGCAAGCACAGCCACACCUCCAGCAGCACAUGUAGCAGUGGCAUGA